AUGGAACAGGCUAAACUUCGGUCCCUGUUCCGGCCGCCGGAGACUCCGAGAGAGCCGAUGGAGUUCUUAUCCCGUUCAUGGAGUGUUUCAGCUCAUGAAAUCUCUAAAGCUCUUGCUCCUCCACUGAACCUAGUAGGCAAGAAUACCACAAAUGGUGGCGCUCCUCCACCUGGAGGCAGCGGCGAAACCAUUCAUGAAGAUUUCUCCGGCGAGUUGGAGGCUGCUGUUUCCGGGAACCCUUUUUCCUUUGCUUCUUCUGAAACUUCACAGUUUGUCAUGGAACGCAUUAUGUCUCAAUCUCAGGAGGUAUCACCACGCACUUCUGGAAGGCUAUCCCACAGCAGUGGACCUCUUAAUGGGUGUGGAUCUCUCACUGACAGCCCUCCUGUCUCACCCCCUGAAAUGGAUGACCCCAAGUACUGUCGGCUGAACCCCAUAAAUAGCCAGUACCGUAGCUGUGCCACUAGUGGUACCACUGUGGGUGCAGGUGGAAAGACAGUGGGAAGGUGGUUGAAAGACAGGAAGGAGAAAAAGAAAGAGGAGAGUAGAGCACAUAAUGCUCAGCUCCAUUCUUCCAUUUCUGUUGCCAGGGUUGCUGCUGCUGUUGCUGCCAUAGCUGCUGCAACUGCAGCAUCAUCUGGGGCGGGGAAGGAUGAGCAGAUGGCUAAAACUGACAUGGCGGUGGCAUCUGCUGCGACCUUGGUGGCCGCACAAUGUGUUGAAGCAGCAGAGUCAAUGGGAGCUGAACGCGAACACUUGGCUUCAGUUAUUAGCUCGGCUGUCAAUGUUCGGUCAGCAGGCGAUAUCAUGACCUUAACAGCAGCUGCUGCUACUGCUCUGCGUGGUGCAGCCACAUUAAGGGCAAGGGCAUUGAAGGAAGUGUGGAAUAUUGCAGCUGUGAUCCCUGUUGAUAAAGGGAUGGGAGCUACUACAAGUGGUGAUGGGGGCAGUAAUGGAAGCUCAAACAGUAGUUUCAGUGGCGAGCUUGUUCCCGAAGAGAAUUUCCUCGGAAUUUGCAGUAGAGAAUUGCUGGCCAGAGGUUCUGAGCUCCUGAAACUAACUCGCAAUGGUGAUCUUCACUGGAAAAUCGUGUCGGUUUAUAUGAACAAAACGUGUCAGGUUAUGCUGAAGAUGAAGAGCAAACACGUUGCUGGGACGGUCACUAAAAAGAAAAAGAAUGUAGUGCUGGAGGUAUUGAAGGACAUUCCGGCAUGGCCGGGCCGCCACUUGCUCGAGGGUGGCGAAGAUCGACGAUAUUUUGCUUUGAAGACAGUGGCACGAGGGAUUGUAGAAUUCGAGUGCAAAAACCAGAGGGAAUACGAUAUUUGGACUCAGGGUGUUUCGAGGCUCCUUGCUAUUGCUGCAGAGAAAAACAGAUAUAGAACUUGA